UCUGCUCCUGGACCGCCGGAGCCGUCGGGCAGCCGAGGGAUGGCCGGGGUGCGGCGGAUCAGCCUGUCGGAGGCCUUGGACUUGGGGCCCAGUUGGCGCCACGCCUGCCACGCGCUGCUCUACGCGCCGGAUCCGGGUCGCCUGUUUGGCCGCAUCCCGCUGAGAUACGCGGUGCUGAUGCAGAUGCGCUUUGACGGGCGGCUCGGCUUUCCGGGCGGCUUCGUGGACCCCCAGGACGGCAGCCUGGAGGCGGGUCUGAACCGGGAGCUGUUGGAGGAGCUGGGCGAGGGGGCGGCGGCUUUCAGCCUGGACCAGGGAGACUACCGGAGCUCCCAUGCCACGGCCACCCCCCCGCCCCGCAUCGUGGCUCACUUCUACGUCAAGCAGCUGACGCUGGACCAAGUGCUGGCGCUGGAAGCAGGUGCCCCCCGUGCCAAGGACCACGGGCUGGAGGUGCUCGGACUCGUGCGGGUGCCUCUGUACACGCUUCGGGAUGGGGUCGGAGGCCUCCCUGCCUUCCUGGAGAACUCCUUCAUUGGUGCUGCCCGAGAGCAGCUCAUGGAAGCCCUGCAAGGCCUGGGGCUCUUGGAGACUGGGCCGAUGCCCCCUGCUCGCCACUAGGGGGCCUCUGUAUGAAGGCCUGGAGUCCCAAAGGAGUCGUCCUGUGUUGAUAGUGGGCAGGGAUCGGGGAGGGAGGAGAGGUUCCCCUUUGUGGUUGAUGGUGUUGAUUACAGAUUUCCAGGAACACAAAA